AGACCACUAAACCAGCUCCGUUCACGAAAACAUUCCCCAACAACCAGAGGUAUGAUAGAUGAACGUGAAGAAGUACUUUUGUUGUGUACCAAUAAUAAACGUACAGCAGUCGGUCACUGUUUCCCACGACAAGGGAACCCAGCUGAACGGCUUCGAGGCGGAUCACGGCACUUCAAACCACGAGGUUUACAAAAAUGUAGCCUUUCAAGAUGAAGAUCACUUGAUGAAGGAGCAGGCGGUGAAUAACGUUCUGUCUUCCCGCAACUUGAGCGUUCGCAGACAUUCGGAGUUGUCACAGGAAUCAAAGGAUUCGUCAAUGAGCAAUGGCAAACUCAAGACGUUGUGUUUUAAUGAUAUCAUGGUUGCAAAUUUGAACGGCAGUAAUUCGUCAGUAAAUACUGACAGGAGUAGCACACAGAGCGGCUUCGUCAAGACCCAUGCGAUUGAUACGAGUUCGGUGAUUGAAGCACAUGGUCUUCUCACUUCUCUUCUUCUGGAGAACGAAUUGCCGCCACAUGUCGUAGAUACCCUCAAACGUGUCGCUAGAAUUCUCGAUCCCUCCCCCACCACAGGAACCCCGAUGCUGGCUCGCAUGUUGUCACGAGGAAACCAGUUCGGAACCAAGACAGACUCCAACCCUUCCUCAGAUUGUGAGGAGGAUGGAGAGGAGGAUGGAAAAGGAAACUGGAGGUCAAGGUACAACGGACCGUCAAAAAGACGACUGAAAGUUUCUGUUUGGUCCACCGUUACCUCAGCUACUGGUCUCCCUACACUCGUACCAGAACCUUCUUCAGGAGCUCUCAAGAAAAACAGCAUGGAGAGAAAACAUAGUACAAACAACCGGAGUAAGAAGUACAAUCUGGAUGAGCCGGCGCGAGAUGUCCGGAUAAACGACGAGGCAGCGUACGUGACCCCGUGGGAUAGGCGACUCAGUAGGACUGUUUACUUUAAGAGGGACCCUAAAAACUCGAGCUGCUCAUUGUUGACGGACGAGCAGAAGGAGUAUCUUCUGAGACCUCUGUCCGACGAGUACGAGUGCACCUCAGAAUAUCUCAGUUUAGCUAAUUCUUGGAAUUUUCCCAUCUUCAAGUUUAACGACUCGACCGAGCACUGCUUGUCACUGCUGAGUUUCCAUAUUUUCUCGAAAACUGGACUGGUGGAUCGUUUUAAGAUAAACCCAGUGCAUUUCCGAAACUUCUUCGAAACCAUUGAAUCUGGAUAUCACAAUUUGCCAUAUCACAACGGGAUCCACGCAGCAGAUGUACUGCAGGCUUGUUACUACCUGUGUUCCUCCGGUAUACCCGGAUUUAAUAGUGUCUCCGAUGAUGACAGCGACAUCGAUUCAGACACAGAAAUAAAAUCAGACGACGGAGGGCACUCUCAGUUUGCCGACACGUACGGUAGCCUGAAGGACAUCAUGACAGAUUUGGAGCUGCUGGCCCUGUUCACGGCCGCAGCAGUCCACGACUACGAUCACCCGGGCCGAACUAAUGCGUUCCUGGUGGCGGUGGGAGACACAAAAUCUGUGAUGUACAACGACCGGGCAGUUCUGGAGUCACAUCAUGUGGCGAGUGCUUGGUACCUUCUUACUUCUGACGAGAGGUAUAACUUUUGCUCUGGACUCUCAGCCACGGAGUUUAAGAGGUUCAGGUUCUUACUCAUCGAGGCAGUUCUCGCAACAGAUUUAAAGAAACAUUUUGACUUCCUAGCUCAACUCAAUGCCAAGACUGUUGAUGGUGAGGGAAUGGACUGGGAAAAUGCCGAAGAUAGGAUUCUCGCUCUCCAAAUGUGUAUAAAGUUGGCAGAUAUCAACGCUCCCUGCAAAGAAUACGAACUGCACACCCAAUGGACCAGGCGAAUCGUGGACGAGUUUUACCAACAGGGUGAUAACGAAUCCGAGCUCGGAAUGCCCGUCUCAGCAUACAUGAACAGACACAAAGACGAACCUCGUGUCCCUGAAUUACAGCUGAACUUCAUAAAACAUCUAGUUGCGCCUCUCUACCACGCCAUGGCCAGCUCGUGCUUGGUUCCAGGAUCCUGGGUGGAAAUAACGGAGGAAGAGGACGAAGAACUGAGGACACAGCAAUCUGACUUGAACUGUGCCAAACCGACUAUCAUGCCGCACACUCACAAGUUUGUUUCGCGCCUCCAAGAAAACUUGGACAGUAAUUAUGCAAUCUGGAAGGAGAAGAACGAGAUAUAUCAGGCCUCCCUGAAGACUAACGGUGUAGACGGAGAUGUCAUUGUGGAGGAGGUAGAGGAAAGCAAACCAGAGUCAGAGGAAUGAGCUGCCAAGAUAACGUCACAGCGACGAAUUGCUAAUCUUUAAGAAAUAAUGUGUUCUCAAGGAGAAAAUGUACGAGGUUUUAAUGACAAGAAAAUCCAAGAUAUAUAGAUGAUAGAGGUUUUGUAUCAAAAAAGUAUGCCUAGUUGACCCCUAAGGCAUAUAAUCAGUUGGACUUUGUGCCAGCAAAAAGACCGCUUCUGACCAAUGGCUUGCAGCGUCGUGGAUCAUAUUCAGCAUAGUGGUUCUAUAAUGGCUGUGUCGGCCCUGUCGUGGUUUUCACUUAGCUCAUUAAAGUGCCAAUAGUCUUACAUCGAGAGUGUGGUGGCGUAGGGUACCUACUGCAUCACCCACGAGUUGCAGUUGACUCAAUAAAAGACCUUUCAGAGUACUGUGAAGAGAAUGAAGGUAUAUAUAAUUAUAUAUAUAUCGAGACGCUAAGUUCCAUUACUGAUUACGUUUGUUUUAGGACAAAUUCUCCGUGAGUUUCGAUAAUAUUCUUUUCUGUUAGCAUUGGAAUUCUGUGCUUGAGUGCCAUAUUAAGUUAUUGAUAUUACUAAUUCUACUCAUUAACCAUACGAUGAGGAUUUCUUGUGUUGUUAUUUAUUGGAUUUCUAUUUCAAAUUAGCCUACAAUAUUGAAGCUUACAAUUUAUUUUAUAGCGCAUUACAGCGUUUAUUAAGACAAAACCGGCAUUUUGUUGAUUUGGCGCCGCAGUUUUGUGAUCAAUUGCUUUGAAUAUGUACAGGGUAGUUUGAUAUACCGCACAAACGAUAUGAGUUAUAGAUAUCUAGCGUUGUUAUUUUAAUGUUCUGUUACAUAAUAUGGUAAUGUGUUUUGGUCAUUGACCUUCAGAUUCUCUGUGUCCAAUUAUGAAUGGAAGAUGGUCAUUUCGUUGAGCUCAGAUUAAAAAUCAAAAAUUAUAAAAGUUUGAUAUUCCGGAGCUUGUUUCCCAAACGCGAUAUUCUAUUUCUAAAUUUAGUUAGAACAACAUUUUGAUGCGCCUUUUUCCGUGUUCUUUCAUCUUUGGGCGAUGACCAAAAUUUAGUUAUUCACAAAAUAUUUUAAGUUGGUGAUGGUAGAUUUUAAAAUCAGUAUAUGUGUAUAAUUUAUGAACUUACGAAAUGAUAUAAUUGAUUGCAAAACGGGUUGAUAUCGAAUAUUUUAUCAAUGUCGAGUUUGAGUCUUUUUAAAACGAUUCAUAAUCAUGGCAUGAAAAAAAUAUGAUUUUAGCUGAUUGCAUUUUUUUCAGUAAGAACAAAUAAUGAAAUUGAAUAUGUAAGUUUGCAAUCUUAAUGUCAGCGAAAAUUCAUGAAAGUGAAACAUCUUUGUCACAAUUAUUUACUGCAGUCACAAGGUAGUACCCCAAUAUCAUUUUAUCACUGAUGACGGGAAAUUUUGAUCUGCAUGGAACCCUAAAUUUUAAAAGCUUAUCACUAUCAGAAUAUCUAUAUCCUUGAUCGUUAUCCCAUUCGAAUUUGGCAUUGUUUAAGAGCAUGAUUUUCGCAACCUGAUCCUUACAUUGAGUAAUUUAUCUGCUUCAAGUUUGACCGGUAUUUUUAUGAAAUUGUAGAUAUGUUAGUACUGUUCUAGUUAAAUGGAAUGACUAUAUUGAAUCAAUAUUCAUUUCUUAUUUAAA